GGUGCCGCGACCGCGAGUGCAGUCACAAUUGAGACGGUUAAAAAAUAGACCAGUCGCGAUAAGCAGCAGAUCUCGGCUGUUAGCGGAGGGAAAACACGGGAGGUCCUCGGUAAACAGACGACGAUUAGCCACCGGAAACGGCACGUGAUGGAUUUAUUUCACUAUUUCGCCGCUGUCGGAGUGUCUCUAGGCUGACUGCCAAGCAAAUUCAGUCUUUUCUCUGCCUCCUCCCCUUCCCGAUCCCUUUUCCCCAUUGGCUGUUGUCCCCAGACAGUGCACAAAAGUAUGGGGUAAAAGUGCUGAGGAGACACCAGGAGAACAAGAGCUGAAGAGGCCCACUCACCUGCACAGGUGUCGGCGUGUGCGGUAAUCUGUCAUGGGGCUGCUGCCAAAGAUGAGGCUUAAGGUUGUGGUGUCACUGACUAUGGUCAACCUCUUUAUCUUCAUCAUCAUCUCGCGGAACAUCAACCAAGACAAAAGUGGACAUCAAAAGAUUCUUAUCCCUUCCAAACGCUUCUGGGCUAAAGUGGCUCCCAGCUCGGCCUACUGGAACCGCCAGCAGCAGAUUCUGGACGUUCACAGCAAUCACAUCUUCAUGACGAACCGCAGCAGCGACAUCCCUGAGUGGCUCAAUGACACCAGUUUGACAUCCAACGUCUGUCAGCCUAACCUCAGGGUGACCACUCAGGUAAAAGAUUACAACUCCCUGCUGCCCCGCUUCAAGGACUUCCUGCUUUACAUGCGCUGCCGCUCCUACCCGAUCAUUAUGGACCAGAUGGAUAUCUGCAAGGAGCCACCGUUUCUGCUGCUGGCUGUCAAAUCGCUGGUGCCUCACUUUGAUCGCCGCCAGGCCAUCCGCCAGUCCUGGGGAAAAGCAGGCGUAUUAGCCAAUCGAACAGUGGUUACCAUUUUCCUCCUUGGUAACGCAACACCUGGAGACCACCACCCAGAUCUGUCUGGUAUGCUGCAUUUUGAGAAUGCCCGCCAUAAAGACAUCAUCCAGUGGGAUUUCCGUGAUUCGUUUUUCAAUUUGACUGUCAAAGAAGUUCUUUUCCUGGAGUGGAUCCAGGCACGUUGCUCCGGCGCCCAAUUCAUCUUCAAAGGCGACGACGACGUCUUCGUUAACACCUACCGCAUCAUGGACUUUCUCAAGGGGCUCUCGGGACCCAAAGCCAAGGACCUGUUUGUGGGUGAUGUGAUCACGAAUGCGGGGCCCCACCGAGACAAGAGGGUCAAAUACUUCAUACCAGAGAGCAUGUAUGUUGGAAUCUACCCACCGUACGCAGGAGGAGGCGGCUACCUUUAUUCAGGUGACAUCGCCUUUCGCCUGCAUAACGCAUCUCAGCGCGUAGCGCUGUACCCAAUAGAUGACGUCUACACGGGUAUGUGUCUUCGUAAGUUGGGGCUGGCCCCCGAAAAGCACAAAGGCUUCAGGACUUUUAACAUAGAGGAGAAAUACAGGUCGAACCCCUGCGCUUACAAGAGCUUAAUGCUGGUUCACCCAAGGACCCCACAGGAGAUGAUCCAGAUCUGGGCCUGGCUCAGUAGACCCAACCUGACCUGCCAGUGACUACAGUCAGUCUGAAAACAUGUCAGGAUAGAUCACAAGGAAGGCCAAAGAGCCAAAUAUUUUAACUUGAACUUUAAAAGUUGGCAGCUUUAAGUUAAGAUAUUACUACGAUGUCCACACGGAUCCUCUGCCUGGUUGAGCGUUGUGGCCUGAAAAAAUGAAGGCGGUGCCGAUUUUUCACAUUUUGUAUUAUGGCUCUAUUCCACAGAGGAGUUAACUCUGCUUAACUUUCAAAGGACCUUCACCCAAAGUGAAUAUCUUUGAGUUCAUAUAUUUAUAUCACAGCUAUUUAUAUGGCCUUUAUGUGCUUUAACACUGUCACCUCCACCACAAAGUGUCUCAAUGCUGUAUUAAAUAAAUGAGAGCUGGAAAGUGUCUGCCUGGCACCCAAAGGUCGUUUUGGUAAAGCUAUAACAUGCUGGUCAGGUUAUUGAAGUGAGUAAAAGCAAUUGAUUGCUUUCUGAACACUGAAAAACAGUAGUUCCUGCAUUCCCGGUGAACACUUCCUCGUAGUCAUAGCUGGAGGCUUAGAUUGUGCUGCUAUUUCCAACCACACUCCCAGAAGUAUUUACUCACGACUCUAAAGCUCAGAGUUUUUGUUCACAUCAUUUCCUCAGUUUCCACUGGUGAGACUCUGCUCUCAGUCAGCCACAACAUUAAACCCACCUGCUGAAAUGUUUUUUUUAAAGGCCAGGUCUCUUUACCGAAGCCACCUUUGUGGUUUCUUAAAAGCAGUUCCCUUAAUUGGUGUGGCUGAUCAACGUUGGAGCAAUUAAAAUGAGACAGGGAUGUCUAGCCUCGCUCUCCACAGCUCGGCCGGUCGGGGCUCAGAGAAAUCCAAAUGCUGGUCUAAAUCAGCUUCAGGUUCAAAAAGGUUUAACAAAAGCCCGAAGUACAUUUUCACAGGUGUGUCAUUUCAAGCGUUCGGUGUGACAUAUUUGCUAUGUGCCCGUGGAAAGCGUUGAAUGAGGAUAAAUGCUGCUUUACUGUGACCUGAGUGAGUCUAGAUUCUUUAAAACAGGCUGAACACGUACAUACACAAAUUGUUACUUGAUUAAAGUGUCCGUGGGUUUUGCAAGAGACUCUUAAGGGUUCUGUGUGUUGGUGAAAGCUUUAAAGUGUGUGUGAACUUGUUUUAUUUAAAAGUUGAUCCUUAGCUCAUUGUUGUUUAGCUUCAUUCACCUGACAAGAGACAUCCUGCACAUAUUUACCUUUCCCUCGUAUUUCAUAAAAUUCCUUCUGAGCAGUAUUGUAUGCACGACAAGGUGAGAUGCUUGACUCGCACACAGCAUGAAGGGUAAUGGUGUUACUUCGUCUCUGUUAGAGCUCCCCCUGCUGGUCAGCGUGGCGGCAACAAAACAUUUUUUGCAAGAGCUUUGUAAACAGUGGCGAUCCCACGACUCCCAAACUGCCAACCACCUGAUUUAUUUAAAGCAUCGGCUUAUUAAUUAUCUCUGUGUUAGUCUCUACAUCCUCCGUAUAUCCGUUAUGUGACAUUUGGAAAUCAUCUUACAGACAAUCGCACCAGGUCUCUUGUUUUUUCUCUUUUCUUUUUGAACUUCAGUAUAUUCAUGCAGGAUAAGACCAACACUAAAAAGAGAAGAUAAGAACCUGAAAGACGUGUAUUUCAUGCUUCUGGAUUAUUUAAUAUUUCACUUGUUGUGUGCAUAGCGCUGUCACUGCUGACAUACAUGCCGUUAAUCGUUGCACUCCUCACUGUGUAGUUUUGCGGCUGCCUGAACUGUUUACAUCGCUUUCUAAUUGUUGCUUCACCCUGAUGAUUGUCUACAGGUGUGUGGGUGUUGAAUUUGUUGAUUGGAAAAGGUGCACAAUUUAUCCAAGUUUGAACAGUCAGUGUUUUUCUGGCCUGAAUGUCCCGAAUGUGUCCAAGCUGGGGAUCAUGAAGGAAAUUCAGCUGAAUGUAACGAGGCCUGUGGCUGUUCCUUCAUUGUGUGUUUUUUCUAUUUAAUCAAAGUUUUUGUGGAGUAUCUGUGUU